AGACCGAACAAUAAUACAGGUUACACCUUGAAGUCAGGCGCGGCUAUUAGAACGAAAAAAGAUGAGACUGGCGCUGCAAAGAAAACCAAGGUUGGCAAGUAUGGUCCUACGUCACAGGCGACGUCCUCAACGUGAGCUCUACAGAAGAAGCGUCGUUGAACUACGUCACGUGAUGCCACUGAACAACAGAGGCAGCUUAACGGGACGCGGACCUGGAGCGGGUGGAGUACCGGGAGAAGGUGUGUCCUGAUCUGGGCAGCAGGUCCUCCCCCCGCGGCCCCGUCCUGCUUCCACACGCCGCCUCAAGACACGACUCAAUGGUAAACGACCCGAACUCACUUCACAACAACCAUUCCCGCCUUGAUGUCUUUGAGUGAAAAAAGUAAUACUGAGAUCAGCACGCUGCUGACUGAAUAUGGCAUCAAACAUGGGCCCGUAGUGGACUCAACUCGAAAGCUGUAUGAGAAGAAGCUUGAAGUGGCCAUGGAGAAGGCUCCAGCGGUACCCUCGCCUGAUAAGACCUUCUACAGGGAGGAAGCAGAGGAAAUAACCUACAUCACAUACCACACUCCGGUUAGACAAGAGUCCGACAUGCUCAAACGAAGAGGCAACACUGAGCCAGAUGAGGACCAGGAAUCGGACCAAGAAACAGAGUCCCCUGUCCAGGUCGCCAGCAGACCAGCCAAUCACAGCGCAGCGCCUGCCGGCGGCGCGUGGAAGCUGAUCCGCCUGCUGCUGCUGUUAGCCGCGUUAGCGGCCGCUCUCUACUAUGCCUUCUGCCGAGUGCUGGACAAAGAGGAUCCCUCCAACAUUCAAUGAUCUGAUUGGUUGUCAGGAUGUCCGGGUUUCUUCUCCAUCAGCAGACAACAAACACGUCGACCACAUUGCAUCAACCUUUACAUGCUCUCUAUUUCUUACGUCACUGUGUCAGUGAAAUGAACCAAAGCCAGUGCCCCUCCGACCAAGAGGAAGAUUAGCUUUAAUGUGCAUUAAUAUCGUGUCGUGUAAGUUUUGCUCCUCUGUUUAGCCGUGCUUUGUCGCACUUCCAAGAACUACACAAUGUCUGACAACUAAACAAAGCAUUUUUACAAAUCUAUUGAGCCUCUUUGUCUCAAAAAGCUGUUAAAAGCCCCUCAGUGAGACUCACUGUCCCAGCAUGAUGUGUUCAUACCAACAACGUACACUGUAGUUUAUUCUGACCACCAGAUGGGAUUUACUGCACUGCUUUUUUAGACUAUAUAUGUGUUUGAGCCUGUAAAGAUGUCCAUUUCGUGUAGGAAACAUUGGGUUGUUGAAAGUUGUUUCAUUUUCAUAAGGUUUAUUGACAGUAAGUAAAACUAGAAAAUGCAUUUCCUGCAGAACGUGCGUUGGAAUGCAGAAAGCUGAAAUUAAUUUCAAAAAGUUGCUUAAAGUAUAGAAAUGAAACAAGCUGAAAUUAUUCUAAACAUUGCUGAAAGAAUGGAAAAAGCUGAAAUACAUUUAAAAAUGGCUGAAAAUACAGAAAUGAGAAAAGCUGAAAUGAACUUAAAAGAAUUGCAAAAAAAUAGAAAUGGGAGAAGCUUCUAUGAAUUUGAAAACACAGAAGUAAUAAAAGCUGAGAAUUAAAAAAAUA